UAGUUCUUUGGAUUUGAUCCUUCGUAAUCAAUCAGAACUCAUUUGUUGGUAUAAAAAGCUGGCAUGAAUUGAAAGAGUAUCAAAUCACAUCAGUACCUCAAACUGUAACAAUCUUUUAGUCUCUCAGCGACUUCCUUAAGAAAUCAACAAUCAUGAAGUGCAUCGCAGCUGUAGUCAUGAUGGCCCUGGCCGUUGUUGCUGAAGGAAAUUUCGUAUCCUAUUCCGUCCCACUGGCUUACUCCGCACCCCACACCACCGUCGUCCAGCAGAAUGUGGCACCUCGGUAUGUGGCAUCGGUUCCGGUGACCUCUUAUGCUGCUGCUCCAGUCGCCUACGCCGCUUCUCCAGUAACCUAUGCCGCCGCUCCAGUCGCAUACACCGCUCCACACACCACCGUUGUCCAAUCCAACGUCGUUCCACGUUAUGUCGCUCCGGUGGCCUAUGCUGCUCCCUCGGUUGUGGCCUACAAAUCGGUCGAUUCGGAAGUCGUUGAAGCCACCCAUGUGGCCGCUCCAGUUGCCACCACCGUCGUUGCUCAGCCAUCCGUGGCCGUCGUUGCCCAGAAGGAAGCUCGCUAUCUGGCUGCCAACCCUGGAGCCGUCCAUGAUGCCCCACUCGCUGGACACACCGUUUCCCAGCAAUCGCUCAAUCUGGAACCAGCUGCGGGAACCGUUUGAAGCGAUUGAAGCUUGAAUAACAGUUCUGAAUCCUAGUCUUGUGAAAAUUGAUGUGAAAACGGUGACAAAAUGUGAAUAAAAUGUGCUAUCUUGUUCAA